AUUUAUAUAUAUAUAUUUAUAUACACAUUCUCUCAUCCAUUUUCACUUCAAAAUUUCAUUAUUCUCCCAACAAACCCAAAACCCAAAAUCCAGAAUCCUUUCCUAUCUUAAAUUUUCAUUCGGGAAAUCUCCAUUACUUGCUCUUCUGUGCUCCAACAUUGGGUUUCAGCUUUUAAACGAGUUUCGUUGCUAAAAGUAAUCAUUUCAUCGCCAUUUUUUUUGGUGAGAUUAUGCUGAGAGUUUUGUCGACGGUGACAAGAUCCGACCAAAAACAACAAGGAAGCAAUUGUACGAUGGCUUUUUCUGGCUUUGGAAUUGGGGGAUUACUGUUGAUGGUGGCUUUGGCGGCCUCCAUGGUGUUUCUCCCGUUGAUGUUGCCGCCGUUGCCGCCUCCGCCAUUGGUGCUUUUGUUCUUUCCUGUUGGGAUCAUGGCGGCUCUCAUGUUCUUGGCGUUUUCCCCGGCGGAGGUUGUCGGCAACGCGGUUGCUAGUACUUUAUAACUACCGGUGUCAAAGCGCGUGUUUUGUAGGAAAAUGGUCGGCAAUUGUGCCGGCUGCUGGCGGCUUUGCUGUGUCUAAAAAAAUUCAACAAGUUGAUGAAUUUUUUUAUUACGUUUCUUUUUGUAUUAAUACAAUUAACAUUAACAUUAUUUUGUUAUUAGUUAUUUCUUACAUAUAAAUAUACAUUAUAUUUUU